UAUUAAUUUAAUGAAAAAGCUCUUUUCCUCAAUUAAAAAUGCAACAACUCAAUUUGCAAAAGGACUUUUUUCUUCAAAAGAAGAAACUACUUAAUAAGGCAAUAGAUAAGAUAUAACUUCUGAAGAACAAAUUUAAUAAUGUAAUUUCAAUAUUAAAAAAUAGAUGAUGAUUAAAUUAAAAGUUAUUUAGAUUCUUAAAAAGAAUUAAAAGUAAAAAUAUUGACAAAUAGAAAUCAUUUCAAUAAUGCAGUGCUUGAAUUAUCCUGGAGAAAACUAUUGGAUAUCAAAAAUUUAUAUGCUAAUGAAAGAAGAAUCAAUUUCUAGCCAAAAUUAGUUAUUUUAGAAUAACAACAUUGGGAAAGGAUUGUAAUUCAAGUAGCAGAAUUAAUUUAGUCUUAUUAUGAUAUUCAAAUUUAUUAUGAUAGAUAAGAGUUAAUAAGAAUAGUAUUAAAUAAUUUUAUUUUAUAGAUCAAAUAAAAAGUUUUAGAAGAAUAAUGUAUUAAAAUUUUGUUUAGUAAAGAAGAAAUGAAAGACUAUUUUUAGUUUUAUGAAUAAUCAGAUGUUUUACUAAUAAAGUUCAAAUAAUAAUUCCCAUAACUGGCCCUUGAAUAUUCUUAGAGUUAAAUUAAAGAAAUAUAGAAACAAUAUUUAAUAGAUAAAGCCUUUGACUAGUUUAAAUUUGAUGAAUGUGAUGAGUACAAGGGAAUUAAAUUAUUUCAUGAUGAUGAAGAAGUUUUAAAAUGGUUUAAGAGAAAGCAAGCAAUUGCCCCAUGA